GUUUUGACGAGCCAUCCAAGCGCAGACCUAAGCUCUAUCAACAAAAAAAAUUCCCAACACGAAUAAAGUCGCGAAAUUCAAAGUCAUGCAGAUGCUCAGCUCCUCCUUUUCCUCCUCCUACGCCGUCGCCGCCCUUGCGAUCUGCUGCCUCAGCGCAGUUGCAGCGCAGCCGCAGCGCGGUCUGCCCCAACCGCGUUCCAACUCGUUUGAUGCGAAUGCCGCGAUAUUGAAGCAGAACUUUGAUCUGAAUCCGGAUGGCUCCUAUCAGUACAACUACGAGACGAGCAAUGGCAUUCGCGCCGAUGAGGCGGGUUACCUGAAGAAUCCCGGCUCGCAGAUUGAAGCUCAGGUGAUGCAAGGCUCGUAUUCGUACACUGGACCCGAUGGCAUUGUAUACACCAUUACCUACAUUGCCGACGAGAAUGGAUUCCGCGCCGAAGGUGCUCAUAUUCCAACCCCACCUCCUGUUCGUCCUGUUGGCGGCCCCGGCAGAUUCUUCAAAUAAUUAUUGUGACCGUGGAAAUUAAUUCGAUUAACUUGUAAUUCGAUUUACUUGUAUGAUAGCAUUGUCGAUGGAGUUUCAGGGCAACAGGCUCAGUUGGUCAUAAGCAGACAAAUUCACAGACCUCUUAUCGCUUCUUCACUGUACUAUAAUUUACUCAAAAACACACACAUACACACCUUCACGUUUCCACCAUCACAAGCAUUUGUUGUGUGUAAUUAUGCAUUUUCCCUUUUAUCAAGUUUCCAAUCCUUACAUCUACCUAGACCAUAACGAAUUGUGUAAAAUAUGUUCUGUACAUAAUGUAAGAUUUGAUUGUUAAAUGUCGAUAACGAUAACGAUAACGCAAGCUACGCAAUAAACAAAUAUUGCUCGAAA